UCCUUAGCGACUGACGCACUGGAUGGCAAAAGUGUGAUCCGCAGUGCGGUUGAAUUCUGUCAGUGAAAAGUGAAUCAGUGAAUUUCCCUCUUUAGGUUUGUUCUUUCACGAUGGUGAUUUGCAGGGUGGAGAUUCUUGACUGUGUUGCUAUAUUACAGAUUAGUUAUCUAAGCACAAUAAUUGAUACGCCCCAUUGUAAUGUAGAACGGAAAAGUUCAAAGUUCAUACGGAACUAGAGGUUCGUUCGAAUGCUAAUUAUCUAUACAUCCCACAUCUAUCGAUGAUUGGGGAUAAUUGAAGUGGAAAACACAACCCACAAGUCGACGACCGACGGUGCUCCCGUACAUGAUUCUCCUUCUGGGUUCCUUCAAUGAAGAAAGUUAAUAACAGCUGUGCGUGGAACCAUGUAGAAUGUGGCAAGUGGCUGUAUGAUUCCGUAUCCUUGUCACUGUCCCUGACACUCGUAUAUUGCAUAUGUGUUUGUCAUUGGGUGGAAUGCGUUGAAGCAGAUAACGAAUGAAAUGUUCUGCCGAGUGCAUAGUUUUGCUAGACGAGUUAAGUUUGUGAACUAGUAAUUGAACGAUAUGCAUAGUCAUUGGACAGUGUGAAGAAAAUACUGAUCAUGUAACAGUGAAUAAUAUGUGACUAAGCAUAGACCUUAUAGUUUCAUAACUACUAGACUAAAAUAGUAACAACCUGAACCCUAACUAAACUUGGCAGGCUCCAUUGCUGUUGAUCAGUACAAUAGUGGCUCUGUUUGGUCUCAACGACAACAAAAGAAUGGCAACUUCCGUGGAUAAUAAAGACCUGCAGGACUGGGAAUACGUCAAACGUGGAAUUGCACUGUGGCUCAACAAUCAACCAAAAGCGGCCGAGGAGAGCUUCAGCAAUCGUAAGGCCAGUAUACACAUUGUAGCAGGUCAUACCUUCAUUGCUUUCAUGAACGCUGUAAUCUCAUGGGAAACGGAUAAAAUGAAUGAAGCACAAACCAUGCUGAGGGAACUGGAAAAAAAGUGUGCGGUUGACAUUGGCUGGCUAAGGACGAUGCGAACGAAACUAUUCGGAAGCUACGAGCCACAAAAGUCUCUGACGGAGACCUUGGAGGAGCAAAUUAUUCUGGCAGAUACUCAACUAUGCCUUGCCAUUCUGGUGUCCCUCAGCCAAGACAUCAGUGGUUUCGUGAAGGGCGGCUGGUUGUUGCGCAAGGCUUGGAAGGUCUAUCAACAUACGUACAGUCAAAUCUAUCACCUGUAUAAUAAAACAGUUUCCAAUGACAAAAUUCUGCCGGCGCCAUUGAGUCAUGACCUUCACGGGGCAACAUCAUUCGAUCUGGGCACACCAGGGCCGGUCGACUGGACGGUGCCAAAUUCCGUACUGCAAACACCGGAUGCAAUCGAUGAGAAACAGAUUCAUCUGAAAGUUGGUUGUUCGUCAGCUGAGAAUUUACCACAUGAACCUGAUGAUUCAUCUGUACGGUUUCAUAAACAGGAAAUCAGCAGAAAGCUUCAGCAACAGGUGGAAACUGGAAGCAGAAGUAUAAAUGCAAACAUCGAACAUUGUGGAGGGUUGAAAAAAAGUAACACAACUCAAUUCGAAAGAAUAACUACAACAAAUGCGGGUUCUAGCAUUAACAGUUCACGAAGUGCCUUGAGCGUGUCUGACAAUAAAUCAAUCGAGGAACCUGUUGUGGUGAAAGUCGACGCAGGCCGGAAUGGAUUGAAGCUGAAUAUUGAAAGUAUGGGUUCUCGGUUACGUGCGCGUAACGGGUUAACUAGUCAGAAACCGAGACUGCCUCCGGAACCGGCGAAUUAUACAAUCAGCACUGAUGUGGUUAGUGACACUAGUGAUAACAUGCAAAUCGAUGCAGAGGAUAUUCGUCGCCUGAUGGGUGCUGCGAGCUUUGGUUAUGGCGUUUUUCAGCUCAGCAUUUCCCUGCUUCCGCCCAGUCUGUUGAAAUUGAUCAGCUUUUUGGGCUUUGAAGGUGAUCGCACAAUGGGAAUUGCCUGUCUGAUGCAUUCCAGAACCAGUGUGGACAUGAGAGCCCCUCUUUCAACGUUGGCACUGCUGUGGUAUUUCACCAUUGUCACUCCUUUCUUCGCCAUGGAUGGAUCCAAUUUGCAGCACGAAAUCUGUUCCGCACAAGAGCUGAUUGAGGAAGCGAGCGAUCAGUUCGAGAAAUCUUCCCUCUUUCUAUUUUUCAAGGGACGAGUCGCGAGAUUGAAGUCUGACAUCACGGAGGCAAUACAGUCUUACGAAAUGGCGUACCGAUCGUCUCCACAACGAGAGAUUAAGCUACUCUGUCUGCACGAAAUCGGAUGGUGCAGAUUGAUUCAGUUGGAGUACGGAAGUGCAAUGAAUAAUUUCAAAGAUUUGCGGCGAUGUAGUCAAUUUUCGAAAAGUUUUUACGCCUACUUAACCACCAUCUGCCAAGGUGCGCAUGGCUACUUCGACGAACUCAUCAAAUGGCGAACAGAAAUCUCCGGCUUGCUAAGUCGAUCCAGUCAGAAGGAGUCACAAAUAGAGAAGUACAUUUUCCGGAGAUGUCACAAGAUACCGACGGCCGAGUCGGAAACAAAAAAGUAUGAUUGUCAGUAUUGGAAGCUGUUAGUUUAUGAAAUGCUGUUUAUGUGGAAUGCACUGAACAGCUGCACCCGUGUGACGUUAACAACCAUUAUAGAGGACUGUGAUAAACCAAUGUCAGAAUUGAAUGAGCCAUCACACGGGCUAGGUAGAUUGAUUCUAGGAGCUAGUUUAGUUUGUGAAAAGCGAAUCGACGCGGCCAUCGAAGCGUACCGAGAAUGUAUUGCAAUGCGAGAGGGAGAACUUGAGCAGGAUAUUCACAUAUCGGCAUUUGCGCAUUAUGAAUUGGCCGUGCUGCUGUUACAGAAAGCGGAUCAGGAACUGAAAAUGGAAGCGAAACAAUUGUUGCUUACUGCUCAGCAAAACUAUCGCGGUUAUGAUUUCGAUAAUCGAAUAAACGUUAGGAUACACUCUUUGCUUAAAAAGAUGGAAUAAAGAUAGUGAUUUAAUUUAAUUUGUUUUCUAGAUCAUGUUGCUAUAAGAUUGUUACAAUUUAUUGUUAGUGAUUUCUAUCGGUAUAGCAAUUAGCCGUACACCGUGACGGCAGCGAUUGCAUAAUGUGAUAAUUCAUCCGGUGAUGAACAAAGUUCAUAAUUGACAUCUUUCGGAGAUUUGUUUACAUUUAAUGUUACAUGCCACUCAUCCCAACAUUCAUUCCAGUAAAACCUAGCUGCCUCAAUGAUGCAUCGUUACUCAACUCUUUCGAAGUUUGACAAUACAUGGCUUUGGCAGUAAAAGCUGAUCGAUUUUGACAUAUCGAAAGGAUCAUUUCACCGAAAGGGUCAUUUUGACGAAAGUGAGGUAAAAAAUUAAAUAGAGUGGUAUUUUUGCAGCAGUAACUACGUUUCUCGCGUCGUGUAUACUUAUUUUCGGCUCCGUGUCGAUACGGCAUGUUUUUUUGUUCACUGGGAGCCAGAUCUGGACUAUGUGGUGGAUGAGAAAGCAAUUCGAAGUGUAAUUCGUCCAAUUUAACCAUCGUUGCCAUCGACUAGUGAAUCGAUGCAUUGUUUUGGUAAAAUAGUGUUUUUUUUCUUCGACAUAGAAAUAUUUUGGCAUUCAAGAGAUCUUACAACGCUGUGUAGUAUUCGAUAUUAAAGUUUUUUCCUUUCUCAAGAUAGUCGAUGAAGAUUUUACCAUAUGCAUCCCAAAAUACUGAAACCACAACCUUCCCAGCUGACUAUUGUUCUUUUGGACAUUUCGGACGUAGUUCACCGGCUGCAACUCACUUAGAUGAUGAUCAAUUGAUACCAGAGUGGAUCCAUGUUUCAUCCAUUGUCACACAUAUACGCAAAAAACCCCACAUUAAAAAAAAACUUUCUCAUGGUCAAGUUCAUUAAUAAUUGUAAACAUACUACAUUCUGAUAUCUUUAGGGCCUCAGCUAUCUAACGCAAUUUUACUUUAUGAUUAGAUAUAACCAUUUUGGGGAAUUUUGAUGUUUUCUAAAGUAACCAUCUCAAUUAGACAACCAGAACGAUUACCAUUAUCGGUGUCUUUACGACCACAUUUAAAUUCAGUAAGCCAAUAUCAAAUGGUUCUUUUCGAUGGAGCAGGGAAAACACUUUGAAGCAAUUGUUGAGCUAGUACAGUAAAUUUUAUCAUCAAGAAACAAUGAUAUAUUAAUACACGAAAUUGUUUUGCAUCCAUCGAUUUGAAACAUUUAAGGCCAUCGUCCAAGUACCAUGCGCGCGGAUGGUUUUAGGAUAAUUUCGAUUGAAAAUUUGAAAAAUUUUCCAAAGCCGAAAACAUACAGACCUUUGAAAAGCUUUUAUCUAUCUGCAGGGCAAAAAUGACUGAAAAAUUCGGAGGAUUUUCCGAGUCUUAUCAAAAAUAGUACUGAAAAAAUGAGCUUUUUUGUGAUCUUUCAAUUAUUUGAAAAAAUAAUUCGAUGAUAUGAAAUUUUGUUAAAAAAAAAACGCCCUUAUUCUGAAUAACGACGUAUUGAUUUUUCGAUCGAAUGUGGUUCGAUCGAAUCAUAGCUACGUUUGAUUUUGCUAGCGUUAUGGGGAAUACAAAUGAAAUACGAGCGAAAAAACGAUACGACGUUAUUAAGAAUAAGGGCGAAAACCUUAUGCUGGCAACAAGGAUCACAUUCGGACACAUUUUUGGAAAACCUUUUCACGCUUUUCAUGGAAAAUCAACGAAUUUCAUAUAACCGAUUUCGUUGAAACUUUUGAAAUUCGUGGAUUUUCUAUGAAAAGCGUGAAAAUGAAUGUAAUCUUUGUAGCCAUCAUUAGGUUUAUUCGAAUAAAAAAAAUUAUGUCAUCGCUUUAUUUUUCCAGAUAAUUGUGAAAGAUCACAAAAACACUCAUUUUUCAGAGUUAUCUUUGAUAAGACUCGGAAAAUUCUCCGAAUUUUUCAGCCAUUUUUACCCUGCAAAUAGAUAAAAGCUUUUCAAAGGUAUGUAUGUUUUUAGUUUCGGCAAAUUUUUCAAAAUUUCCGUCGAAAAUUUCCAAAAACCACCCGCGUGCAUGGUACUUGGACGAUGGCCUUAAAUUUCAGCGAAACUAGUCCAAAUGGUUCAUGAUCCGAGAGCUUUUAAUCCUGGUGUAUUAUCAUAACAUGGAAAUUUGAUGUUUUUACAGAAUCAUGAAUUAUUUUGCUCAUUUGUAGAAUCGGAACUUUGCCCGUGCAAAAGUUCGAAUACUAAGCAUUUAGAGCGCUGCAAGUGGGAUUACACUUGAACGCGUAAAAAACCCAGUUUUUGUGUUAACGAUUGUAUCUUUUUAAGUAAUAUAUCUUUUUUGUCUGUGAUGUUAGGAUAAUAAGAAAACUGAUUGCUAAAUUUAGAGAAAACAAAUUUCACAAAUAAAACAAAAACAAUUAAACAAUUGUUCAGCCGCUGUCGCUGCGUCAUCGCCUGCAACUCCAGUAUGUUUAUGCUCGCCAGUAUUUUUUCACUUCCGUCCAAGCGCACGCAGGGAUGUAGCCACUUGUUCGUCGGUCUUCUUCUUUAGCUUCCCUUGAAGCUUCUCAGGGUCUGAUUGUGCCGAUCUUUGAACCUACACACUUCUGAACGAAGCUGCUUCACUAUUUUUGACAUCACGGUUAGAUUUCGACUGAUAGAGCUGACAAACUUUGUCUGUUGACUUAUGGGUUACUAUGAUUGAUGCUGCAUGGGUAGUUUCGUCAGUACGGGUGACGAACCUUAGCUCUAACCCUUGCUAUAAGGUUCUGCACAUCUUUCGAUUUUUUUUGCAUAUCAAUCCAACCAUUCCUCAUUCAUACCAUACAUAGUUUUAAGAAAGUACUCUUUCAUAAUGACCAGUAUUUUUCUGUUGCGCGCAGUUCCGGAGUGUUUAAGGGGUGCAGAUCUUUCGGCACGAAAUCGACAUCAUUCGCCUUAUACCACUCUAGUACGAUCUUCAUGUAGUGGCAUGAUGUCAAUUCCGACCAGAAGAUCGUCGGAACAUCGUGAUCCUUCAGGAGAGGGAGAAGGCGCUUUUGGAGCCAUUCUUUCAAACACACCUAUCCAUUAAUGGUGUUUGUGGGUACGAAAUGUGUCUUGCGCUUUCCGAAAGUACAUAUCUCUUGCCAAAUUGAGAACUUCUUGUCGAACCUCGACAUUUUAUGUAUCCGAGGGUUAUCCGAAACAUCACACUUAUCCUUAUCCGUCACAUACAGGCAGAGAUGGCAUUUCACUAGAUUGAUACACCAGGGCGUAGGUUUCAAUUAAACACUGUGGAUACAUUUUUUCUGCUCCACACAAAGAGGAAAGCGCACUUCUUCUCAGUGUCCAGACAGACAGACUUUGAGUGCGUACUUGUGUUGAAAGAAGCUGGUGCGAGAGAAUAACAUUCUCUUCGCACGAAUCGCUCUCACGUGCUCUCGCCUAAAUACACCCAAGUGAUCUUUGGCGCGUGAUGGUGAGCGAACACUUCUAUGAACUUCAAUUAAUAGUGAGUAGAAUUGAAAAAUUUGCAAUGAAAACCGAAAAUUUUACGAUAAAUUGUUUUAUUUUGCUGAUUUUGCGUGGGAGAAAUUUUGUUUACUCUUCGUCACAUAGAGGAGAUGGACAUCUCUGCAUACAGGUUUUCUGGUAUCUGAUUGAAGUCCGAUAUCACGUAUGCCUCGGCAUCUUUGUACAUUUUUUAAGAAUGAAGAACUAGAAUCACAGCACAUUCGGGAUUGCAAAUUUUAUGUAGUUAUACUUACCAAUGGAACCAAAUUGAUAGAAAAAAAAACUUAAAUUGCAAAAAUGACUUUUUACUAAUUUUGCAAGUGCAUUUCUAUUACCACAAGAUAGCGCUUUUAACGUUUAUGACAAUUCUCUAGUGAUGUUUCAUUUGUGAUGUCACUCAACUAAGAAUUUUUCGGUUUCACUUACGGGGUAAGAAACGAAUGAAAUAAAGCUAUAUCAACCGUCCGUAAGGUUCGUACGUGGUUAUCAGCAAAAUAAAUGACAUAACUGGAAGAUCGUAACCUUUUUUCCCAUCAUUAGUUUCAACCAACUAAGCAAGUGCAGAUUCAAACGUGUCCAUAAUAGCGCAUAUCCAUGGGAUGAGAGAUUAGUGAUUAUAGUUUUGAAUUUCAAACAUUAGUUUUAGGAUUUGACAACUAGAAUAUUAUGGCACUGACAAUAGGAUGACUUUACGUCACCGGUGUUCAUCAAAUUGAAUAUAUUUUCAAAAACAAUUUACAGUUGUCAAAAUUUAACUACAUUGUGCUUACAUAUUACCGAUGAGCAGGAAUUACGGCAAAUAACUUAUAAGAAAAAAGCUUAAGGAUUAAGAAAAAUAAUAACAAUAAAUUGAUAGAUUAGUAUAAGAGUUUCAAUAAAGAUGAAGAGACGGUGAAGCAUUCUGAUAUUAAAUCAAUAAACAACCUUUUGGUGAAAGCUACUACAGAUAAACUAAGUCGAACAGCAUAGAAUUGUAUUGUUGUAAUUAAUAAAUGUCAGAUAAAUAUAUUGAAA